AGAAAAAGUAAUGCAGACAGGCACAGAAUCAGUUUCCAGAUAACUGGACUGACAAGUGGCCCGCCUAGUUCUGAAGUGCAGCCUCCUUCUCAAAGGAAGGUUUUUCCUCUCCUAGUUGCUAGGUGGGAAAGGCAGACUUCCUCUAAUCAUGAAGGUUCUAACCAUUUUGAUUCUGUUAGAAAUUACAGGCUGCUUUCCUGUUUUUUCAAGAAUUGAUCCAGUCCACUGCAGAUGGAAUCCAUAUGGUCCUUGGUCAGAGUGUGAUGGCUGUACUAAAACUCAGAUUCGCAGGCGGACUGUAGCCAUUUAUGCACAAUUUGAGGGAAAUCCAUGCUCAGGAAAUUCAUUUGAAACUCGUGCAUGCGUUCCCACAAGAGGUUGCCCAACAGAAGAAGGAUGUGGUGACCGUUUCAGAUGUUCUUCAGGACAAUGCAUUCGCAAAUCACUGGUGUGCAAUGGAGAUCAAGAUUGCCUGGAAGGUGGCUCGGAUGAAGAUAGAUGUGAAGAAGUCAAGAAAAUAUGUGAUCAGAAGCCCCCACUUAGAGCACCACCUAAUGUAGAGCUUACAGGAAAAGGCUUUGAUGCCCUUACUGGUGAAAUGAGAAAUGUGGUCAUUGACACUAAGAGCUAUGGUGGCCAAUGUCGGAAGGUCUUCAGUGGUGACCGGAGAGAAUAUUAUCGGCUGAGUGAAAAUGUCCUUGCUUAUACAUUUGAGGUGAAAAUUGAUAAUGAAUUCAGUACUGAAUUUUACAACAGUACUUGGUCCUAUAUGAAAGAGACAGAGGGUCGUGACACUGGAAAUAAUUACCAUCGAUACACACCAGAAAAAUAUGCAAAAGGCCAUUCAGAGAGUAACUAUCUUAUGGUGAUUGAAAAUUCAGUGGAAGUUGCACAGUUCCUCAAUAAUCAACCCGCAUUUUUAAACCUUGCUGAGUCCUUCUGGCAAGAGCUCUCUAGACUGCCCUCCUUCUAUGAAUAUAACGCCUAUCAUCGACUCAUUGAACGUUAUGGAACACAUUUCCUGCAUUCUGGAUCUUUGGGAGGAUAUUACAAAGCCAUUUUUCAUGUCUCUAAAAAUAGGGCUAACUCAAGAGGGUACAGUCUAACGGAUAUGCAUAAAUGCACUACUUCUGGCUACAAUUAUAUCAUUGUGAAGAAGAAGAAAGUGGAAUGUGAAACUCUCAAUGAAUUGGUGAAGCAAUCUUCAGGAGUCCGCAAUGAUCAGAUUAAAGCUGACCCAUAUGUCGAGGGAGGGGAUCCUAGAACUGUGGCUGGUUUAAGUUUCAUAGACGUUAACAAUCCGGUUGCAAAUACCGAACGAUAUUCCAGCUGGGCUCAUACAGUGUCUCUUUAUCCCAGAGUUAUUAAAAAAAAGCUGGCACCGCUCUAUGAGUUGGUGAAGGAAGUACCAUGUGCUUCGGUCAAAAAACUGUACCUGAAAAAGGCAAUUGAAGAGUAUUUGACUGAGAAUGACCCCUGCAAGUGCAAGCCAUGUCAGAAUGGCGGUCAGCCAACUGUGGAAGGAACUCAGUGCAUGUGUUUUUGCAAACCAUAUACCUUUGGAGCAGCUUGUGAACUGGGAACUCUUGUACAAGAUCAGCCAGGAGUCAUUGAGGGAGGCUGGAGCUGCUGGUCUUCUUGGAGCCCAUGUACUAAUAGAAGGAAGUCCAGAAGUCGGAGUUGUAAUAAUCCUUUCCCACAGGGUGGUGGAAGAUCUUGCAUUGGUGAAAGCUUUCAAAACCCUCAAUGUGAGGAUGAAGAGUUGCAACAUUUUCGAACAAUUGAGCCACACUGCUUUGAUACUUCUGGAACUGUCAGAGAAUCCUGCCCAUCACCACCUCCCUUGGAAAAUGGAUACGUUCAAGAUGCUGAUUCAUUCUAUCCUGUGGGGAAAAGCAUCCAUUAUGCUUGCAACACUGGAUUUGUAAUUGUAGGAAACCCAAUUGUUACCUGUGCUGAAGGCUUGAAAUGGACUAUGGGAGCAAUCAACUGCCAGAAAACGGCUUGUCUUUUACCAAGGUUUGAAGCAGGACUGAGAGGAAAUCCACUGAAGCCUUCCUAUCAGAUUGGAGAGAAAAUUCAUCUGUCAUGCCCAAAUGACAUGCAGCUAGUAGGAUCAUCUCUUCUUCUAUGUGAACCUAGUCUGAAAUGGUCUCCUGACCUUGCUGAAAUCCAUUGCAGAAAACAAGUUGCCCCUCCGGUUACACAUCCAACAGUGAUUCAGUGCCAACCCUGGGAGAGAGUUUUUGAGGCUCGGUGUGUGUGUAAGUUGCCAAAUGAAUGCAGCUCUUCCCUGGAUGUGUGUGCUACUGACCCCAAAACUCAGAGGAGCAUGUGGCUAUCCAUUUGCAAGUUACAUGCCCUCGAAUGUAGGGGUAGGCAAUACCAUUUAGUGAGUGAAGAAAACUGCAGAGCCCGUACCCUAUCUGAGAGAAGUUGUGAAUCCUGUCAGUUGUGGGAGAAUUGUGAUGAGUCUACCAAUACGUGCACAUGCAGAGAUGUUGGACAAUGCAGCGAAACUGGAACAAGCAUUUGUGUCGAUAUGAAUGGAGGUCCUGAGACACAGACUAUGACUGAAUGCGAGGCUGGCAUCCUCAGAUGCAAUGGAGACAAUGUCAGAAUAAUUAGCAUAAGACCUUGUCCUGCACAACAAAUUUCCCAAUAAUUAAUGCCAUUGGUAAUAGAAUUGAGUGGACAAUGUAAUUAACAACAAAGAAAAAUAGAGACAAGGGUACUAUUGAAAUUAGCAAAAUACCUCUUUCUGCUAAAUAAUACAUGGAAAAAAACAGUUUGCGAACACUUUAUUGUUUAGAGCAGCCCAGUAGGGAAAAAAUACUUAACGUUUUCUAACCAAGAAUCACUUUUGGCCUAUCAGUGGUAGGCUAGAGGCCACACUCCAAAAAAUAAUAGGUGACAAAAAGACCUCAAAACUAAUUAAGUUUUAUUUUGUUUGCAGAUUAAAUGAUAUUAAUAUAAUUACUUUCAGUUAUACAGUAUAUUUGAUAAUUUCCACUUCUGCAGGCCAUGUGAAGUGCAAUCCCGGGAAUUUAAAUUGAGUACUUUUGCACUAAGGUAUAAAGGAAGUUUUGACUAUCUAACUACAACUGUAAUGAUGUUAGCAUUUGGCAGGCUAACAGUUGUGUUUAGUGAUCUACAUUCUGCCUGGCAGAUGGUUAGUUCUGGACACCUGCCAUAACCCACCUCUCUUUCACCUUGUCUUACUAAAAUAAAGAGACAGAUGUUGGGCUGAUAGAUUUUUUUUGUAACAAUCCUGAACUAUUACGCUUCUGGACUUUU